GCAGCUGUGGAGGGGCACCAGCAAGCACAGUGGAGGAAAGCUGGGUGGCGUGCACGCGCCCUUCAGAAUGACACUUUGCUGACGCAUCUCCUACAGAUGUUUGCAGAGGGAAACAACUUGAGGGACUUCAGCAGAGUUUGUCUGUCUGCUGGCACCUCACAUUGUGUGUGUGUGGGGGAGAGACACUGCUCAUCUGAGCCUGCUCUGCAUUUCAGUGCCAUGGAAAGUAGGCUCUAUCUGGGCUUGUGCAGAGCAGCUAAGAGUUAACCCUAUUCCUGGCGGCCGUGCUCCCUUGUAAACAUUGUUGUUGGCUUGCAGCCCACCCACCCCAAGCUUGCUGCUUCCCAUUAGCGGGUGGGUCUGUGUGUGCUCCAUGGUGGGCGCAAAGCCCUCCCUGCCUGCAGCCUGCCUGGAGCUGUGUCGCCCUGCUCAGCCUGGGGCCAUGGGCUUCGUCCCCCUCCUCCUGCUGGCCGUGCUGCUGCUGCUGGUUGGUUUCUCCCCCCUGCCUGGGGAGGGUCAGCAGGUCAAGGUCCUUUUCACCCCCACGAUCUGCCACGUACAUUGCAGCAGUGGGCGCUGCAUUAACCGAUGCGAGCCAGGCAACGCCACCACUCUGUACAGCGGGGAGAACGCCAGGGCAGUCGAAGGGGCCUCUGGAUUCCGUGUCUUCUUGUGCCCCCUCAUCUGCCAAAAUGGGGGAGUCUGUCUCAGGAAGGAUAAAUGUCUCUGCCCCCCCAACUGGACUGGCAAGUUCUGCCACAUCCCGGCCUUUCCUCACCCCAGCCAGGGACAAGCCCCUGCUCGCCGUGGGACUGAAGGAGAGCUGGAGGACAGAAGGCAAUCUGUGCACACCCUCCCAAUUGCCAACCACCACUAUGAGCGUGACGGUGUGGCGUCGAUGGUGAACGUCCGCGUGGAGCACCCGCCGGAGGCCUCCGUCGUGAUCCACCAAGUGGAGCGAGUGAGCGAGCAACUGCUGCCGGGCGACCCCAACGCCCUCCCGUUCCCCCGCCAAGCCCACUUCGGUGUGUUGGCCCAGAGCAGCCGCCGUGACCCCGACGGUGGCUACGGCGAAACCUCCGGGUUCGGCUACUGCUUCCAGCACCUGCGGGGCGAAGAGUGCAGUGCCCCCCUGCCUGGGCUGCGCACCCGAGAGAUCUGUUGUCGUGGGUCCGGUGUGGCCUGGGGUGUUCAUGGCUGUCUGCCUUGUGCCAGUGGUGACGUGGGGGAUUAUGGGCCAGUUGGAAGGAAUGAAGUGGGUUGUCCCAGAGGGUUCCUGCGAUUGAAUAAUUCCUGUGUUGAUGUGGAUGAGUGCCAGGAGGGCAGCUUCUGCCACAACGGGGAGUGCACCAACACACGUGGCAGCUUUGCCUGUGUGUGCCACGAGGGCUACAUCCUUGAUUCCUCCCGCAGCAGCUGCAUCUCCCACCACGUGAUCUCAGAGGUGAAAGGGCCCUGCUUCCGAGUGCUGCGGGAUGGCGGGUGCUCCCUCCCCAUCCUCCGCAAUAUCACCAAGCAGAUCUGCUGCUGCAGCCGGGUGGGCAAGGCCUGGGGCCGGGGCUGCGAGCGCUGCCCACCUUUUGGCUCAGAAGGCUUCAAGGAGAUCUGUCCAGCUGGACCCGGCUAUCACUACUCUGCCUCUGACCUCCGCUAUGACACUCGCUUCCUCGGCCAGGACCCUCCCCGGGUGCCUGUGACCCGCCAGCAAGGGAGGCAGGGAUCUUCCUCCUGGCUGCCCCGGACAACAGCAGCACCGGCCGUCGUUCUCAGGAGUGCCCCACCAACUACCUGGCUGGAGCGCUUUCCUUGGCACCUGCCUACUCAGUCACCUGGAUCUGGGCCACCUGCACCAAGUAGAGAAGAGGUUGGGCAAGGGGUGUGCGAGCAGCACCCUCAGGUGUGCGGGCCAGGACGUUGCAUCCCCCGCCAGGGGGGCUACACUUGUGUGUGCGAGCGUGGCUAUUGGCUGAGCCCUCAAGGCACCCACUGCAUUGAUGUGGAUGAAUGCCGUCGCAGUCCCCGCCCUUGUGCCAAUGGGCACUGCCAGAACUCCUUGGGCAGUUUCAGCUGCAGGUGCCGCACCGGCUUUCAAGCUGACCCCUUUGGAGUAGAGUGCCAGGAUGUUGAUGAAUGUGCCCAAGUGUCCCAGCCCUGUGUGGGUGGGCAUUGCCAAAACACCCUGGGCUCCUUCCGCUGCUCCUGUCCAGGUGGCUAUCGGCCUGAACCCUCUGGCUCCGAAUGCCGAGAUGUCGACGAGUGCCAGGAGACUCCCCCCGUCUGCCAGCCUGGCCACUGUGAAAACGUGCUGGGGGGGUAUCGCUGCAAUUGCCCCAUUGGCUACCAGCCCAACCACCUGGGGACUCUGUGUGUAGAUGUUGAUGAAUGCCUGCAAAGCCCUCCGCCCUGCGGCUCUGGGCGCUGCGAGAAUGUGCACGGCGGGUACCGCUGCCUCUGCCCUGCUGGAUUCCGUGCCAGCCUCACGGAGAACCAGUGCCUGGACAUUGAUGAAUGCACAGCAACGGGAUCGCCUUGUGGCCAUCAGGGGCACUGCUUCAACACAGAGGGCUCCUUCCUCUGCCAGUGUGCCCGAGGGUACCGGAUGGAGGGCACAGGGGGGACAUCCUGCAUGGAUGUUAAUGAGUGCCUGGAGAGCGACUUCUGCUUCCCACGGGGUGAGUGCCUCAACACUGAGGGCUCCUAUACCUGUCUGUGUGCCCAGGGCUUCAUUGCAGCUCCUGACGGGGCCUCCUGUGAGGACAUUGAUGAGUGCCUCAGCACCACAGCCUGUGCUGGAGGGCACUGUGCCAACACCGAUGGCUCAUUCGAUUGUUAUUGCCCCCCUGGCACCCGCAGCACACCCAACAAGGCUUCCUGCGAGGAUAUCGACGAAUGCCAGGAGUACGGGGCAGCCCUCUGUGGAACGCAGCACUGUGAAAACUCAGCUGGCUCAUACCGCUGUGUAGUGGCUUGCCAGGCUGGCUACCGAACCAGUGCCGUGGGAGACUGCGUGGACAUCAAUGAGUGCCAGGAGUAUGGGGUGUGCAGAGAGAAGCAAUGUGAGAACACCCCAGGGUCCUACCACUGUGUGGCCAGCUGCCAGAUGGGCUACCAAGCCACCGCUACUGGGGACUGCAUAGAUGUGGACGAGUGCCAGAACAGUUCUGUGUGUGGCGCCCAUGCCAUCUGCCACAACUUGCUUGGCUCCUUCCAAUGUAUCUGUGACCAGGGCUACGAAAGUGCCAGGGAUGGACGGCAUUGCUUAGAUGUGAACGAGUGUGAGACGCUCCAGGGGGUGUGUGGAACUGCACCGUGUGAGAAUGUGGAAGGCUCCUUCCUGUGCAUCUGCCCUCAAGCUGGUGAAGAAUUUGACCCCAUGACUGGCCGCUGCAUUGCUUUGACGGGUGCUGCUCGUCCUGCAGCCUCCCCCGGGCGCCCGGACGCCACACAGCCAGAGAGCAGUGACGGCCUGCGACGUGAAUGUUACUAUGACCCCAGUGCAGCCCAGGCCUGUGAGAACGUCCUGGCCAGGAACACCACGCACCAGGAGUGCUGCUGCAGCCUUGGCCACGGGUGGGGCAUCGACUGCCACAUCCAGGCCUGCCCCUCCUUGGGGACAGCCGAGUUCCAGAGUCUGUGUCCUCAUGGCAGCGGCUUCACUACCAUCAACAUCAGAAACACCCCAGCUGUUGCAGAUGUGGAUGAGUGUGCCCUCUUCAGCUCCCAGGUGUGCAAGGGCGGGGUUUGUGUGAACAAGGUUCCUGGCUAUUCCUGCUACUGCCCCAACGGUUAUUAUUAUGAGACGCAGCACCUGGAGUGCAUUGAUAAUGAUGAGUGUCUGGACGAAGAAGCUGAGCCCUGUGUGGGGGGGCACUGCAUCAACACCAUUGGCUCCUAUUACUGCUCCUGUGCCGCUCCCCUGGUGCUGGACCCCUCCCAGCGCCGUUGUGUGACCAACCAGAGCCAUGGCUUGGAUGACCACCUGGCUGUGUGCUGGCAAGAGGUGGGCCCGGACCUGGUCUGCAGCCGACCCCGCCUGGACCGCCGGGUGACUUACACGGAGUGUUGCUGUCUCUAUGGGGAAGCCUGGAGCAUGAACUGUGCCCUGUGCCCAGCCCGGGACUCUGACGACUUUGAGGCUCUGUGCAACAUCCUUCAGCGCCCCAGUUAUGGCUUGAUGCGGCCAGGAAGCCUGGGGGCGCCCUUUGAAUACGGCAGAGGCGGGUUUCUGCCCUACGGCCCUGAAGUCUAUGAGCCCCUGGCCCGGCCCGGCCCUCAGCUUCCUGGCUACAGCCCUCUCCCUCGCGAGUCACUCUACGGCCCAUCACCCUACGAGGCAAUCAGCCUGGACAAUGUGCCCUAUAGUGACAGGCACCUGGAGGGCCCCGCUGAGCAGCCCCAGGGUGGAUACCAGCCUCAUCGCCCUCCUGAAUCAGACUGGCACUAUCCGACCCAUGGCCAUGGGCAUUCCUACCCUGAGCGGCCCAGCCGGGCCAGUGAAGACCACCGCCGUUUUGGAAGCUCCAGAGGGCUCCAGGCUGAGGAGUGCGGGAUCCUCAGCGGCUGCCAAAACGGGCAGUGUGUCCAAGUCGCCGAUGGGUUCACCUGCUCCUGCGACGAGGGCUACCGCCUUGACCCAACGCACAUGGCCUGCCGUGAUAUCAACGAAUGCAGGGAGACGGAAAGGCUCUGCUCUGGCGGCCGCUGCCUCAACCUGGACGGCUCCUACCGCUGCUUGUGCCCUCCCGGCACCAUGCCCACCGGGCAGCCCCCCCGCUGCCUCCACAUCCCCCGCAGCCGAGCCUGAGCUGGGGCAGGCGGGGAAAUGUUUAUUCCUUGUCCAGGCAGGGAACGGAGGAAGGCAGUGAAGGUGAAAGGACCCUUUGCCCGCCCCACCCUUCCUACCCCAAGGAGCUGCCAGCCUGCAGCCCCUGGAGGAGCCUGGGAAUGCGGUUAGUGCUGGGAGGGGCAGUGCUCUGGAGAGGCAGGUCUCCCCUCCUUCUGGUUAGCGCCAGUGGGUUGCAGAAGUUCCAAAAUAGGGUUUGGCAUCCUCUCUGAUAGGUAUUGUCUUUUGAAGGGAAAGCCAAUCUGGCCACCUCUCCACUCCGUCCCAGGGGGCCUCUGAUUGAAAAAGUUUUCUCACCAUUGGAAAAGAUUUCCCAAAGGGCCCCCCAAGGCCCGCUCCAUCCAUUGUCUGAGUUUGCAAACGGAAGGCAUGCCCCCCAAAGCCCUUCCUCAAGACCCACAUCAGAGCUAAGUUACCUCCAAUGCUCUAGCGAGCUAUCCCGCAGGGUGCUGCCUAGUGCCCCCUGGCACAGGGGCUGCAGGGUGCAUGCUGGUCCUUCUCUGCAUUUCCUUUGGCCCUACAAAAGUGUAGGGCUUUCUCAGAGGGUAUGGAAAUAGGGCUGAGCGUGCAGGGGACUGUUAGCAAACUGGGCCCUUGACCUACCAUCGGAACUGGCUGGAGAACCGCAUUCAUCCUGCAGGGCAUGGGGAUAGCAAGGAAGCCUAAAUCCUAAAUGUUUCCCAGGUACUUGUGCCUGUCAUGAGGGGAGGAGGCCCUAUAGCUCACCAUCUCUACUCCCCCAGCUCCACCUCCCAAAUUACACCAACAGAUGCUUAAAAUCCCUUGCACGUUCAAACACGCACACAACCCAGAGAGGGGCUGUCAGCUAGGCAGGGGGCCUUUUAGCAUCAUGCCAGCUGGGGCCCACAGUCACUUCCUCACUGCUGUUACUGGACCAAUAAAUAUUUUCUAUAAAA